AUGCUGGGAGGUACGGCUCCUUGGGGCUGUCCUGCCAGUUGCUCACACCGCGGGAACUGUCUUAAACAGGGGAACCGUCUCUUGUGCCAGUGCUUCAGCGGCUACGAAGGCUUCGAUUGCAGCCAAAAAAUGGAAACUCUCUCUCCGGGAGCGGCAGGAGUUACGACGUCCGUUCCGCAGAUCGAGCGAGAGACCUUGGCACUUGCGGUCGUGAUUGCCGCAAGUAAGUAUUCUUCACUUUUUUGCUUUGAAUAUUUUCAAUAUCCAGCCACUUCUAUCUUCUUGUCGCUGUUCGUCAUGUUCCUUCAUUGGUUCAAAGAACGCCGUCGCCGACAGGGGAAAAUUCGUUCAGGAAGCAGAACAGAACAUCGAGAAAUGCUGCAACUUCCAACGCCUAGCAUCUAUAUUCAGCGUUAA